UCGGAUGCAAUGACAUUUUCUCGUAACUAGUUCACAAAGGCUAAUGAAUUACACGCGUGGUACUGUGUUUUGGCGAAGGAACAUUUCAACUCUACAACCUGAUUUCGACUCGACUGAGCAGCACUACAGUUCUAAUCGCACGAAUGUUUAAAUGCCUCAUUGCAAACAUAAAUCAACAACAUUAUGCUAUGCUUGCGUGUCAUACUUUCUUUCACAUUCAAUUCUCUAAUUCCUUGGACACCGUAAAGUUCCUUUCUGAACUACUACUAAUACUACUGAAAGCACGGUCGAGUGUGAUGUUUGUGAUGCUAGUAUGAAUCAUAUUUAGUUAUGAGCAAUACAGGUGGUGUAAUGGAAAAGUUUGCCUGAACUAUUAACUUUUAAAUGUUAAUGAAAUUGGUGAAUUGUGUCCAUCGUCAAUGGUUAUCAACAUUACUACAACAUUUCUCAAUCAUCAAAUAAAUACCACUGGCAUUACGCUUUCUUCGAGAUAGUGAGCAUUAUGUUUGUGUCUCAUUGAUCAUAAUUAACCCAAUGAAAUUUCUAGAUAUUUCAAGUUGAUGAACAUGAAACGGAAAAUGAAAUGAUUUUCAAAUAAUACGUCGAAAUACUGAUAGCUUUGCUUUCUAUUCUCGCUGUUCGCACCAGUGCAGCAUUUCAUAUAAUGCAAAAUGCAAUACCUAUGGUUCUAUGAACUGAUAAAUCACACUGGUUAAGAUAGACGCUCGAAAAGAGACAGCCUUACUACAUCAUAUCUCAGUAAAAUUCAAAGAUAGCCAUGCAAAAACUAGUAGUCGUGAAACGAUAUUCAUUUGGAUGCUGGAACUUCAUUCUCUAUAUUAUUCUGAUACUGUACGGUGGUAAUGAUGCAAAGAUGUCAAGAAAUACUGACCGGACAAUUUAUCAACUAUUUGCCAUGGAACCACAAGAUCAAACUGCUAUCGUGGGGUCACGGGUAACCCUGCCAUGCAGAGUUGUGAAUAAAUCCGGUCAAUUGCAGUGGACAAAGGAUGACUUCGGGCUCGGAACGCUACGCAAUUUAAGCGGAUUCGAACGGUAUAGGAUGAUCGGGAGCGACGAAGAAGGCGACUAUUCACUUGACAUUUCACCAGUCAUGUUAGACGACGAUGCCAAAUAUCAAUGCCAGGUUGGACCAGGUAAAGACGGCACGCCCGGGAUCCGUUCAAAAUUCGCCAAAUUGUCUGUGCUGGUUCCUCCCGAAGCACCGAAAAUAGUGCAGGGUGAUUUCCUUACGACAACGGAAGACCGGGAAAUAGAGCUAGAGUGUGUAUCGAUGGGAGGAAAACCGGCAGCCGAAAUUAUAUGGAUUGACGGGCAUGGUAAUGUUAUUACGGAUGGUAUCGAGUACGUAAGGGAACCGUUGCAAGAUGCACGACGCUUCACAGCUAAAUCCAUCUUAAAAAUUACACCGAAAAGAGAGUACCAUAAUACCACCUUGACUUGCCAGGCGCAAAACACAGCUGACCGAUCGUACCGCUCCGCGCGAUUACAAUUAGAGGUGAAAUAUGCACCAAAGGUGCGUAUUUUUGCUGCUGGCGAAAUAUUGAGCAACGGACGGCUCACAGAAGGCACGGAACUACGAUUAACGUGCAGAGCAGACGCAAAUCCACCGGAACUAACGUUCGUAUGGUUCGUGGGGGAUGAACUGGCAGAAGAAAAUCAUACAUCGGAACUAAUAAUUUCGAACGUAUCACGUAAAUACCAUGACACCGCAGUAAGGUGUGUGGUUCAAAACGCCGUAGGUAAGGGUGAAGAGAGUGUAUCGUUAGACAUAUGCUACGGGCCAACAUUCCGCGAGCUUCCAAAGUCAGUUGAAGCAGAUGUUGACACAAACGUAUCCCUACAUUGUGACGUGGAUGGAAAUCCAACACCGGAAAUUAUUUGGCUCCACGAAUCCACCGAUCAAAUAAUAGCGAGUGGCUCAAAUGUAACGCUUGCCGUAACAUCGUCCACCGCGGGGAAUUACCUGUGCAAAGCAAGUGUCCAAGGAUUUCCAAUCGUUGAAGCUGGCGCAACGAUCUUCUUACGGGGACCUCCGUUGAUCCGAUCGCCCAGACAGCAGUACGGUACGCUGAGCGAGAGGGGGCAGCUUGAGUGUAAAGCGUUCGCAGUACCGCGACCAAAAUUGAUAAGUUGGUCAUUCAACGGUCACGAGCUAAAUACUUCACAGCCCGAGCUGGCGGGCUACACUGUUAUUGACGAUUUCUUAUCCGACGGUGUACGAUCGGUACUAAUGAUCGCGAGCUGCCUUCGAGAGCAUUUCGGCAGUUACAACUGUACAGUUGCCAAUGAGUACGGCAUAGACUUUGUGGAAAUAGACUUCAUCUCAAAGGAAUCCAAAAAUGUAUCCGCCAUCUUCUUGGGCUCCCUCGGAGGGAUCACGUUUUUAAUUUUGAUUGUUGUGAUCGGUACAUGCCUUUGUAGUGCUCGCAUUAAAAAGAAGCAUCUACCACCCGCUGAUGUUAUACCAAAGUAUGACGAGAAAGACUAUGUCCAUCAUCGGUACACUGCAGAGAGCAGAAACGACAUACAAGAGGUAGACAAGGAGGCAAUGACGGUUAAUUUAAAGCUGUCCAUGCGAUCUACUGAAUCUCCUUGCGCCGUUUCACUGACCUCUCCAUCUGUAGCUUCAAAGAUCGAUUCUUCGAAUUACAGAUGCACUAGUGAUUACUCCAACUCUCUCAGUAUCCUGCAAUGCAAAUCUAGUCAAUGUUCCAUUGGAUACAUGCAUUAUUCGAGUGAUUUGAAACCAGCGGCGCCACCACUUCUGCAAAGUUUUAAUAUUAACAACGUUGACAACCCUUCCGUAUGCAAACAGCGAUCUCCAACUAUACAAUGAUUACUGUACAACAUUGUGCAACAGGUGACAAUUGUUUCGAUGAUUGUUUUUCAUGAUUGGCAUGCAAAACAUAGCAUAGCAUAGCAGAUGAAAGAGUAAGUGCAAAUCCGCGGCUGCCAUUCCUGCUCCUCCACCAAAAUAAGCGCUAUUCGUAAGCAAAGUAGCUUGCUAAACCAGGAAUUGAAAAGUCAGAAACGUACCGAAUCGUAACUGGAGCUGAAAUAGCGGUGUCCUCCUCCCAUAAUCUGAUCUCAGCACAAAAAGUCUCGCAAGCAGCUCCUAUAUGAACGUUGGUCCGCUUCAUAAUCUUCUCAUAACUCCGAGCAGUGCACUCUACCUAAUAUUAACCCUUUAACACUAUGGGAUGCCGUGUUUUGUUUUUCGCUCUCCUAAAAAUCGAAAACAUAAAAGUGAGUAGAAGUUUGUCAAUUCGACGAAGAUAUCGUCAACCAGUAGGAUAGAUUAAUAAUGUAGAUAACUUAAAAACUGAGCUUUACUUACAUCGACACCUCAACGACCGAGUUCUUAUGAACUUAUAUCACUUUUUAUGUAUGCGCAUGCCAUUUUAUUAGGUCUAUAACUUAGUUCUUUCGAUUGUAUUGAA